AUGGCAACGAUUGCGAAAAGAGUUAAAUCAAAAUCAUCGUCUCAUCUUAUACUUUUACCAAAGAAUAUAUUACGUUGGUUUAAAGAGGCCAUGUAUCAAACAUUUUUAAAGAACAUUGCUAUUAAAUGUUAUGAAAAUGCAGAAAGAGAAGUAAACGAUUUUAAAACUAAACAG